UCUCCCGGGCUCACACACAGCCGCGCACGCACGCCCGGGGCCGCUCUCCGCGCCGGCCCUCGCUCCCCGCGCCCAUGCGGACGGACAGAGCGACGGAAGAUGGCUGACGACUCCACGGGGCCCCGAGGAUGCGGCCCGGCGGCGGCGGCGGCGGCGGCGGCGGGAGCGGCAGCGGCAGCGAGGGCGGCAGGGGCAGCGGCAGCAGCGGCGGCGUUGGCUGCGGCGGCGGCGGCGGCGGCAGCAGGAGCCGGAGCGGCGGCGGCGGCGGCAUCCCCGAGACUCUUCGAACUACCCUUCCCCGUGACAGCCACUGACGUCCUCCGCCGCUAGAAGAGACCCCUCUUCUCGGCGCCCGCCCUCCCCCUCGCGGCUCGGCCCGGCCCCGCCAGCACCGCUACCUCCGCCAGCCUCGCCACCAUCAGCACCACCUCCACCGCCGCCGCCGCCGCCACCACCACCGCCGGCGGCGGCAGCAGCCAUUUCAUCUCCACAGAAACCAGACACAAAAACAUGGCAGAAAUGGAGAAAGAAGGGAGACCUCCCGAAAAUAAACGGAGCAGGAAGCCGGCUCACCCAGUGAAAAGGGAGAUCAAUGAGGAGAUGAAGAACUUUGCAGAAAACACCAUGAAUGAACUCCUUGGCUGGUAUGGCUAUGAUAAGGUUGAAUUAAAAGAUGGUGAAGAUAUCGAAUUUAGGAGCUACCCUACAGAUGGGGAGAGCCGGCAGCACAUUUCUGUUCUCAAAGAAAAUUCUUUGCCAAAACCAAAAUUACCCGAGGACAGUGUUAUUUCACCAUACAAUAUAAGCACAGGCUAUUCAGGGCUUGCCACUGGAAAUGGACUCAGUGACUCACCUGCAGGGUCAAAGGAUCAUGGCAAUGUGCCCAUUAUUGUACCUUUAAUUCCACCACCUUUCAUAAAGCCACCAGCAGGAACUGUUGGAGGAGAUAGAUGUCACAGCAAAUACUUUCGGAAUUUCUCCUCAGUCUUGGACUCCCAUGAAAGUUACAAAGGGGUGGUAAAUCUACAGUUUAAUUGCCUGGAGUCCGUUAAUGCCCUACUGAUUUUCUUUGGGCACUGGUCAGAAGAUGAUGUGUCAAAUGUACAAAUAAUGUGUGCCUGGUGCCAGAAAGUGGGAAUCAAGCGCUAUUCCCUGAGUAUGGGAAGUGAGGUGAAAAGCUUCUGCAGCGAGAAGUGCUUUGCGGCCUGCCGACGAGCCUACUUCAAGAGAAAUAAGGCUAGAGAUGAAGAUGGACAUGCUGAAAAUUUUCCCCAGCAGCACUAUGCUAAGGAAACUCCAAGGCUUGCCUUCAAGAAUAACUGCGAACUACUUGUAUGUGACUGGUGUAAGCACAUAAGACACACAAAAGAAUACCUGGAUUUUGGGGACGGGGAAAGAAGGCUUCAGUUCUGCAGUGCAAAAUGUCUCAAUCAAUACAAAAUGGACAUUUUCUACAAAGAGACCCAGGCCAAUCUUCCAGCUGGGCUGUGCAGCACAUUACACCCUCCCAUGGAAAAUAAAGCAGAAGGCACCGGGGUGCAGCUGCUCACUCCAGACUCUUGGAAUAUCCCGCUAACAGAUGCUCGGAGGAAGGCCCCCUCCCCGGUGGCUACAGCUGGCCAAAGCCAGGGCCCUGGCCCGUCGGCGUCCACCACCGUCUCUCCAUCUGAAACUGCCAACUGCUCUGUCACUAAAAUCCCCACGCCAGUGCCCAAGUCCAUCCCCAUCAGCGAGACUCCAAAUAUCCCUCCUGUCUCCGUCCAGCCACCUGCUAGCAUCGGGCCUCCCCUUGGCGUCCCGCCUCGCAGCCCUCCCAUGGUGAUGACGAACCGCGGCCCGGUGCCGCUGCCCAUCUUCAUGGAGCAGCAGAUCAUGCAGCAGAUCCGCCCGCCCUUCAUCCGCGGGCCUCCACACCAUGCCUCCAACCCCAACAGCCCCCUAUCCAACCCCAUGCUUCCCGGCAUCGGGCCCCCGCCCGGUGGCCCCAGAAACCUGGGCCCCACUUCCAGCCCCAUGCACCGGCCCAUGCUAUCGCCCCACAUCCACCCCCCGAGCACCCCCACCAUGCCCGGGAACCCCCCAGGCCUGCUGCCCCCACCGCCCCCGGGCGCCCCGCUGCCGAGUCUUCCCUUCCCGCCAGUGAGCAUGAUGCCAAAUGGCCCGAUGCCGGUGCCCCAGAUGAUGAAUUUCGGGCUGCCGUCGCUUGCCCCGCUGGUGCCGCCCCCGACCCUGCUCGUGCCGUACCCCGUGAUCGUGCCCCUACCGGUGCCCAUCCCCAUCCCCAUCCCUAUCCCUCACGUCAGCGACUCCAAGCCCCCCAACGGGUUCUCCAGCAACGGGGAGAACUUCAUUCCGAGCGCCCCUGGCGACUCCGCGGCGGCGGGCGGCAAGCCAAGCGGACACUCCCUGUCCCCCCGGGACUCCAAGCAGGGCUCGUCCAAGUCCGCGGACUCGCCCCCCGGCUGCUCUGGCCAGGCCUUGAGCCUGGCGCCCACGCCCGCCGAGCACGGCCGGAGCGAGGUGGUGGACCUGACGCGGCGCGCGGGCAGCCCCCCGGGCCCCCCGGGCGCGGGCGGCCAGCUCAGCUUCCCAGGCGUGCUGCAGGGCCCGCAGGACGGCGUCAUCGACCUGACCGUGGGCCACCGGGCCCGGCUGCACAAUGUGAUCCACCGCGCGCUGCACGCGCACGUCAAGGCGGAGCGCGAGCCGGGCGCCGCGGAGCGCAGGACCUGCGGAGGCUGCAGGGACGGCCACUGCAGCCCGCCCGCCGCCGGCGACCCAGGCCCGGGCGCCCCGGCGGGCCCCGAGGCGGCCGCGGCCUGCAACGUCAUCGUGAACGGCACGCGCGGCGCCGCCGCCGAGGGCGCUAAGAGCGCGGAGCCGCCUCCCGAGCAGCCGCCGCCGCCACCGCCGCCCGCGCCCCCCAAGAAGCUGCUGUCGCCUGAGGAACCGGCGGUGAGCGAGCUAGAGUCGGUCAAGGAGAACAACUGUGCUUCCAACUGCCACCUGGACGGGGAGGCGGCCAAAAAGCUGAUGGGCGAGGAGGCCCUGGCGGGGGGCGACAAGUCAGACCCGAACCUUAAUAACCCCGCGGACGAGGACCAUGCCUAUGCUCUGCGGAUGCUGCCCAAGACCGGCUGCGUGAUCCAGCCUGUGCCAAAACCCGCGGAGAAGGCUGCCAUGGCGCCGUGCAUCAUCUCCUCGCCCAUGCUCAGCGCCGGGCCCGAGGACCUGGAGCCGCCGCUCAAAAGGAGGUGCCUCCGAAUUAGAAAUCAGAAUAAGUAA